UUGAUUUCAUUAGGGCAUUCCAGAGAUUGAUCGGGUGACCUCUCCAUUUUAUUCUGCUUCCCAACCAAGCACCGAUCCCAAUAAGAGAAUUCGAUAUGGGGUCAUACCAUUGAUUGAUACACGAAGCGCCGUUGCAAGACGAAGGCAAAACGUCAUCACGUCAGAUCGAUCGUUGGAACCGGGGAAUCCUUAUCCGCUCAACGGCAAAGUCCUAAAAGGAAUCAAGGGUGCGAUGAACUGAGUAGUGAAGAAUUAGAAGAGGCACGUCGACGCCACAUAGAAGUUCCUCCAAUGACGCCAAAAAAGAGCGUCAGUGUUGAACCCACUGGAGAGCAACAUUUUCCCCUUUGGGCAAGGAAGAAAUGACCGGUCGGUGGAAGAAGUGUAUCAGAUUUUGUCGAAACUGAACGGUAAGUCUACUGUUGAAGACGAGUUUGGGCACAAGGACCUAUAUAAGAGAAUCCCAAAAUAACCAGAGGUAUCAGUUGAUCCCUUCUUGACUUCAAGAGCACAUCUCAUCCCAACCAUGAAUAAAUUCGUCGCCGUUCUUUCCCUUAUCGUGGCUGUGGCCUCAGGUGCCCGCAUUCCCCGUGACUCGGGAUACUCCCAGAGUGGAUCCCAGAGGGGCAAUGCCCAAGCUCAAGCUCCCAUUGGUAUUGUCUCUUCAGUCUACAAUGGCCCCACCGCCGAGUCGCAGAACUUUGACUUUGCCUUUGAGACAGAGAAUGGCAUCCGGCAAGAGGCCACUGGAGAGAUGAAGACCAUUGAUGACACCGAGGUGGUCGUGAUGCGCGGCAGCUACACCUAUUUGGAUGCCGAGGGUCGUGAUGUGACCGUGACUUGGGAGGCCGAUGAGAAUGGUUAUCGUGCUGAGUCUGACAUUUUGCCCGUGGCCCCAGAGAUCCCAUUUGAAGAGCAACGCCAGGCUGUGGCCGCUCAAAUCGCCUUUGCCCAACAAGAGGAACAAGCCGCCGCUGCCUCUUCCACUUCCAACAGAUACGCCCCUGCUCCUGCCAACAGCUACUCUGCUGCGGCUCCGGCCGCUCCCACCAGCCAAUACGGUGCUGCUUCUCCUGCUCAACCCACAUACACGAGAUACAACUACUAAAUAUUGAAUGGGAUUCAAUCAAAAAGGAUUCAAGAGGUGACUGUUAAGUCACCUUUUG